GCAACUGAAAUGGUUAACGUCGUUCCAAAACCCUACCCCAUGGUCGCCACCCUCUCCCUCCCUCACCAUGCUAUUGUCGGAAACCUUACCGGGAUAUCUCACCGUCGGCAUGUUCUACAGCUAGUUUCUUCUCAGGGCUUCUCCUUAAAGCCAUGUUCGCUUCUUCCAGAAGCUUUAUCUCCCGCUUCCGCCUGAUUCUACCGGGCCAAUUAUCUCACCGAAGUUUAAGCGCCGAGCCUCUACUAAACCAAUAUGAGAUUGAAGCUCCCAAAACUGGUCGCAUCAUCGAGGCCAUACCGAGGGCAAUGAUGCCCAACUCGAAGAGAACGGGAGCGAUCGCCGUCAAGUGCGGGAUGACGGCGCUGUGGGACAAGUGGGGGGUGCGGGUGCCGAUCACGAUCCUGUGGCUGGAUGAUAACAUUGUUUCCCAGGUUAAGACACCGGAAAAGGAGGGGAUCGUUGCUCUGCAGAUUGGUGCAGGUCAGAAGAAAGAAAAACAUCUGAGAAAACCUGAAGUGGGACAUUUUAGAGCCCAAGGCAUUCCUCUAAAGAGGAAACUGAAGGAGUUCCCUGUGACUGAGGAUGCUCUUCUCCCUGUUGGUACUCCAAUAACAGUAAGGCAUUUUGUGCCAGGCCAGUUUGUAGAUGUAACUGGGAUUACUCGAGGUAAAGGUUUCCAGGGUGUGAUGAAACGACAUGGUUUUAGCGGAGGACCAGCAUCACAUGGUACGUCUUUGGCGCACCGAGCAGGAGGUUCUACUGGCCAAAGAGAUGCUCCUGGAAAGGUUUUCAAGGGACGAAAAAUGGCUGGACGUAUGGGUGGAAAGCAAUGCACUGUAAAGAAUGUAUGGAUUUACAAGAUAGACCCUGCAAGAAAUAUUAUGUGGGUUAAAGGCCAGGUUCCUGGUGCUGAGGGAAACUUCGUCUUCAUCAAAGAUGCUGUGUACAAGAAACCAGAAACCUCAUUGCUGCCCUUCCCCACCUAUUUUGUCCCAGAUGAUGAGGAAACCUUAGAGCUAGAACCUCUAGUUGCUGAUCUUGGGGAUGUGGAUCCAUUCAUGGCUGCAGAUUAGCAGAUUACUGAAGAUCAAGCUCUGCUAAUUCUUCUUCUUACUUCAAAUUGAAUACAAGUGCUGCAGGUGAUCAUCUUCGAGUAUCAGAACUCGUUCAGCUGGAAAUUUUCGACCUGCAAAUUGCGUGAACACUGCCAUCGCCCAGUAAACUGGUUUAAUCUCUGCAGACUUGUUUGGUUUUUCCCUGAGUAUAGUGAUAGAUUAUAUUCCAUAAUAAAUUUCUCAGUUUUUGAAAUAUUAAUUGUUGUUGUGUUUUACUCUGAAAAUACAACAAAGUUUAGUGCAGCUAUUUUCUGCUAGAUUCUGGUUAUGUUGAUUGCUCAGUGCAGCUUGCUGUGGGAAAGCAGUUCUGUAACAUUAUGUACCUAUUCUCUGUUCUUUAUGAUUUUGCUCUUAACAA